AUGUGCGGAGCAGUGGCUGCCCUGUCCCUGGCCUGGGCGCUGGCGCUGGGGCUCACCCACUCCCUCCCUGGCAAACCGGGGGAGGCCGGAGCGCGGUUCCACCAUGGGGCUGAGACCCAGCUCAACGACACAGAGGUGGCGAGCCGGUGUGCGGACGAGGGGGGCUUUGAUGCCGUCACACUGGAUGAGCAUGGCGUGAUGCUCUUCUUCAGAGGUGCCCACGUCUGGAAGGGCUUCCACGGCCCGGCCCAGCUCAUCAAUGCCAGCUGGCCUGAGAUCCAGGGCCCUGUGGACGCUGCGCUGCGCAUACACCACAAGGAGUCCCCCGGCGUGCACGACAACGUCUACCUCUUCCAGGGCGAGCGGGUCUGGGCAUAUGCGGGGGGCCGGCUGCGGCCCGGCUACCCCCGGCUCAUCGGGGAGGAAUUCAAGGGGGUGCCUGGGGACCUGGACAGCGCCGUGGAGUGUCACCCCGAGGACUGCACGGCCGAGAGCCUUCUCUUCUUCAAGGGGGGGGACGUGUUCUCCUACGACCUGGGCCUGGGGGUGCUGAAGCGCCGGUCGUGGCCCGGGGUCAGCGACUGCUCGGCGGCCGCGCGCUGGCUGGGGCGUUAUUACUGCUUCCAGCGUGUCCACUUCCUGCGCUUCCAGCCGGCCACGGGCCUGGUGCCGUCCGGCUACCCCCGCGACGCCCGCGACUACUUCAUGAGGUGCCCCGGGAGAGGCCACGGGCACGAGGCGCGCGGAAACGCCACCGCCAUGGGCAUCCGGGACCCCUGCAGCGGCCUCGCCUUCCAGGCCUUCACCGCCGACGACGCCAACCGCACCUACGCCUUCCGGGGGGGGCAGUACUUCCGCCUGGACUCCAAGCGGGAUGGCUGGCACUCGUGGCCGCUCAACCACACGUGGCAGGAGCUGAGCGGGCAGGUGGACAGUGCCUUCAACUGGGACAAGAAGCUCUACCUGAUCCAGGGCUCCCAGGUCUACAUCUACCGGGUGGGCCCAGGCUACACGCUGGUGCAGGGCUACCCCCGCGACUUGCAGGAGGAGCUGGGCAUCACGGACGCUGACGCCACCUUCACCUGCCCCCACUCCGCUGAGCUCUUCGUCAUCCACGGAAACUCCCUGGAGCGGGUGGAUCUGACCCUGAGCCCGCGGAGCCCGAGGCCGGAGGGGCCCAUCCCCCACGCCCACGUGGACAGCGCCAUGUGCAAUGCGGACGGGGUGCACCUCUUCCACGGAAACACCGUCCACCACUACGCCAGCGUGGCCGAGCUCACGAGGAGCCCCAAGCCCUCUCCCCCGCAGAACAUGACUGCUGUCCUCUUCGGGUGCCCCCACUGA